CCGCACAGACUUGCACGCGCAUCACCAGCAUCCCUCAACCCACCUCACGCAUCUUCGACUACCCGACUCGACUUAAACCACCAUGGAGAACGAGAUAGACGGAUGGAUCGCACAGCUCAGCCAGUGUAAGCAGCUUUCGGAGCCCGACGUGAAGCGGCUAUGCGACAUGACGCGGGAGAUUCUCAUGGUCGAAUCAAACGUCCAGCCUGUGAGGUGUCCUGUGACUGUUUGCGGUGAUAUUCAUGGUCAAUUCCACGACCUCUCGGAGCUCUUCCGCAUCGGCGGGAACUCACCCGACACGAAUUAUCUAUUCAUGGGCGACUACGUUGACCGGGGGUACUACUCCGUCGAGACCGUCACUCUUCUCGUCGCGCUCAAGCUGCGCUACCGCGACCGCGUCACCAUCCUCCGAGGCAACCACGAGUCGCGGCAAAUCACGCAGGUGUAUGGGUUUUACGAUGAGUGCUUGCGGAAGUAUGGCAAUGCAAAUGUGUGGAGAUACUUCACGGAUCUCUUCGAUUACCUCCCUCUUACCGCCCUGAUCGAGAACCAAAUCUUCUGCCUUCACGGGGGCCUCUCGCCAUCCAUCGACACUCUCGACCAUGUUCGGGGCAUUGAUCGUGUGCAGGAGGUUCCUCAUGAAGGGCCGAUGUGUGACCUCCUGUGGUCUGACCCCGAUGACCGAUGCGGUUGGGGGAUAUCGCCGCGUGGUGCUGGUUAUACGUUCGGGCAGGACAUCAGUGAGGCGUUCAACCAUAACAAUGGUCUUACAUUGGUUGCGCGGGCGCACCAACUCAUCAUGGAGGGCUAUAAUUGGAGUCAGGACCGGAACGUUGUCACUAUUUUCUCUGCACCAAACUACUGCUACCGCUGCGGCAACCAGGCGGCGAUUAUGGAGAUGGACGAAAAACUAUCGUAUAGCUUCCUACAAUUCGACCCCGCGCCCAGAGUGGGAGAGCCUCUCGUGUCGCGACGCGUACCGGACUAUUUCCUCUGAUCCUUGCUUUGUUUCAUGCAUUUGGCGGCACAUCCUUGAUGUUACAGUACAGUACAUAGCAAUUGUCAGAUACAGUGUAGCACAUCCAGAAGACGAAGUUGAUACCUCAUUUCCUGU